UAUAUUUUGUUUUUGUUGAGCAAAAAAACGCCCUUUUCUGCUAGCAAGAGUCGGAUAAUUUUGUAUUCAUUCAGUGGAGUUUUGUCCAGCGGCCCGCUUAGUCAUGGCUCGAGAAGACGAGGAAUGCAUCGUGGACAGGAGACCGCGUGAGGAGGGGGAGGACACACCGAGCACGAAUGGCGGACGCCAGGAUAAUGAAUUGGCUCUGCCCUCGGGCGGCUGCUGCAUGCCAACGAGCACCUGCCAUCGCUUCCAGGCGCUCGUCUUCAUGUGCCUGCUCGGCUUCGGCUCGUACUUCUGCUACGAUAAUCCGGGCGCCCUGCAGUCGGUGUUCAAGUCGCAGCUGGAUCUGAGUGCGACACAGUUUACGCUCAUCUACUCGAUCUACUCGUGGCCCAAUGUCGUGCUCUGCUUCUUGGGAGGAUUCCUGAUCGAUCGUCUGUUCGGCAUUCGGCUGGGCACGAUAAUCUACAUGCUCAUCCUGCUGGUGGGUCAACUGAUCUUUGCCAGCGGAGCGCUGCUCGACACCUUUUGGCUGAUGAUCCUCGGCCGCUUCAUCUUCGGCAUCGGCGCCGAGUCGCUGGCCGUCGCCCAGAACAGCUAUGCGGUGCUCUGGUUCAAGGGAAAGGAGCUGAACAUGGUGUUCGGCCUGCAGCUCUCGGUUGCGCGCUUUGGCAGCACCGUCAACUUCUGGGUCAUGCAGCCGAUCUACAACUACGUGAGCGAGUUCUAUCACGGAUAUCGCGCCCUUGGCGUCGUCCUGCUGCUGGCCACGCUCACCUGUGUGAUGUCCCUGAUCUGUGCCCUCGUGCUCGGCUGGAUGGACAAGCGGGCGGAGCGGAUUAUGCAGCGCAACAACAACCCCUCCGGCGAAAUACCCAAGCUCACGGACAUCUUCACAUUCAAGGCGCCCUACUGGAUGGUCUCGAUCAUCUGUGUCGCCUACUACGUGGCCAUCUUUCCGUUCAUUGCUCUCGGCCAGAAGUUCUUCGUGGAUCGCUUUGGCUACACGGAGGCGCAGGCCAACACCGUCGACUCGCUGGUCUACCUGAUUGCUGCAGUCUCCUCGCCGAUCUUCGGCUUCAUCAUCGACAAGUUGGGUCGCAAUGUCACCUGGGUGAUGGCGGCCACGAUAACCACAAUUGGGGCACAUGCGCUGCUCACCUUUACCCAAGUGACGCCCUACGUGGGCAUGAUUAUUAUGGGCCUAUCGUACUCCAUGCUGGCUGCCAGCCUCUGGCCCCUGGUGGCCCUCAUCAUACCCGAAUAUCAGCUGGGCACCGCGUACGGCUUCUGUCAGUCCGUGCAGAAUCUCGGCCUGGCUGUCAUCACCAUCGUGGCCGGCAUCAUAGCCGACCAGAGCGGCAACGACCACACCUGGGUGCAGCUCUUCUUCAUGGGCUGGCUGACGAUUGCCCUAAUCGCCACCAGCGUCAUCUGGGGCUACGACAGGAGGCAUCGCGGCAAUCUCAACAUGAGUCCGGCCCAACGCGCGACGUAUGUCAAUCCGGUCAACUAUCAGAACUUUGAGUAAGGGACUACCAUGAGCCAGCAUCGUGUGUACGAUAAUUCUGCUCUAUUAUGAAAUUCUAUAAUUCUAUAAUUAGGGGCCCCGAAAUGCGGGUCCGGAAACAUUUUAACGAACUAUGUGAAAAGACGGGUCUACGAUUGAUCUUUGAUAAUGUGAUGAGCGAACAAUGUAUCGCUAGGUAUAUACUGAAUUGGAAUUGUUUGUC